CUUCUUAGUUCUCUUCCAGUUCUCUUCACACUAAUAGCCAUAUCAUCUGAAGCACGUUUCGUCUCCUCAGUGAACACCGUGAAGCCUUAAAUACACGCCAUAUAUCCCAAAGACAGGUCAUGGGGCCGUAUCCUUAUCCAUGUCAUCAUUUCAAUUCUGCUAUUGCCUCAUUGUAUAUCUUGAGAUAUCUUGUGAAAGCGGGAAAUACAUGAAAGCUUCAGAGCAUCGGCUGGAACAUGGUCGGAGUGAUUACGAUUUUGGUGGAGAAUCCCAACUACCGCCUCCUCCAGAUCUUUCGCAGGAGGAUGAGCGGAAGCUUUGGCGGAAGAUUGACCUUCGGUUGAUGCCCAUACUCUGCGUGAUAUACCUCAUGUCUUUUAUGGACCGUGGUAACAUUGGAAAUGCGAAACUUCAAGGGCUGGAAACCCAACUGAAAUUGACGGGAAAUCGAUAUAACAUUGCACUGACGAUGUAUUUCAUCCCAUAUUGCAUAUUUGAAUGUCCUGCGAAUUUGGUACUGAAGAAAUUCCGCCCUUCCAUCUGGCUCCCUGGCAUUACUGUUGUCUGGGGUACUGUCAUGACGCUCAUGGGACUUGUUAAAACAUAUCCACAAUUGGUCGGCGUACGUGUAUGUCUCGGGAUAGCAGAAGCUGGACUGUUCCCUGGUGUCGCCUAUUACCUUUCGUUAUGGUAUCCUCGAAAUGCUCUUCAAAGCCGUAUCGGGCUCUUUUUCGGUGCAGCUACCAUUGCCGGAGCCUUCUCUGGACUCUUCGCUUUUUCAAUUUCAUUUAUGAGUGGCACACGAGGACUACUUGGAUGGUCCUGGAUUUUCAUCAUCGAAGGGAUCAUCACUGUGGCUGUUGGUCUGAUUUUUUUCCUGAUUUUGGUCGACUUUCCUGUAACAGCAAACUUUUUAACUCCGGAAGAACGAGCUUUCGUAGUCUGGAAGAAGAAAUUCGAUAACUCCUCGGUCGGAGAAGAAGAGAGAUUCAUGGUUGAGCAUGUUUAUCAAGCAUUUACCGACUGGCAGGUAUGGAUCCAUCUCUUGAUAUAUAUAUCACUUGUUGGUCCUUUAUAUGGCAUCACAUUCUUUCUGCCGACCAUCAUCAGCGAUUUCGGUGAAUUCUCCACUGCUAUCAGUCAAUUGCUCACAGUCCCACCCUACAUUUUUGCAACCAUCGUGCUGGGCCUGUUUGCAUACUACUCAGACAAAGUAAUGAUGCGUUCGCCUUUCAUUCUGGCUGCGCAGAUUAUGUGUCUCAUAGGAUUCUCGAUAAAUAUUGCCAACGUAUCCACUGGUGCUAAAUAUUUUGGUACAUUCUUGAUUGUGGCAGGGAGCUACGCUGGAUUCCCAGGUAUUGUCGCGUGGCUAGGAAACAAUCUAUGUGGUCAAUAUAAACGUGGCGUAGGAAUGGCUCUUCAUAUCGGUAUCGGGAAUUUCAGCGGCGCAAUAGCGUCCAAUAUAUUCAGAACUCAGGAUAAGCCCCGCUUCAUCUUGGGCCACGCAAUCGAAUUAAUGUUUGUCGGUAUCGGGCUGAUCUGUCUUCCCAUAACCGUCAUCAUAUACAGCAGGAUCAACAAGAAGAGAGCCUAUCUCAUGAGUAGAGUGGUUGAUGGUUUGGAAAGAAAACCUUCACCAGAGGAGUUGAGGGAAUUGGGGGACAGGGCACCCGAUUUUCAGUAUAUUCUCUAAGGUGCAUUCGAACUUCUUUCGAAGCUUUGCUUUACAUGCAAACUCUCAAAACUAUCUCCCU